UAUAAUCUUUGCAACCGCCCAGUCACGUUUCCAGUUGUUUUGUAAGUGUCAAGGAACUAUGUAACAUCUACACGAGCAGGAAGCAAGUGUAAUUUAACAGCUUCUGCAUUUUUACCUUUGGACCACGGCUGCCUUACACAUCGUAUUUAUUUAGCCACCAAAUACUCGAACCUUAAGGAAUUUGUGCAGCGCAGUGCGGCCGCCCAACCUGGGAGUGUCUGUGGACAGUGACCGCCGAGAUAAGACCCUGCCCGCCCAGCUCUUAUAUCACAGUGUUCCAGCGUGUCCGAGGCUCGUCACAGUGCAUGGUUUUACACAGUGUGAAGGAGCUGACCGCUAACGGGAACAUGUGGCUGCCUAUGAUUGGAUUGACCACCCUGCCACACCUGGGAGGGUUCUACGGUGGUUACAUCACACGCAAAGAAGUGAACACCUGGUACCCAACGCUUAAGAAACCAUCAUGGCGCCCACCAAAUGCAGCAUUCCCAGUAGUGUGGACAUGUCUGUAUACAGGAAUGGGGUACGGCUCCUACCUGGUGUGGAAAGAACUUGGAGGUUUCACUGAGGAUGCACUGGUUCCACUGGGACUUUAUGGGCUACAGCUGGCCCUGAACUGGUCCUGGACUCCUAUUUUCUUUGGUGCACACAAGCUGACAUGGUCACUGAUUGAGAUUGUGCUCCUUACUGGGACUGUCGGAGCCACCAUGGUGUCUUGGUAUCCCAUCAGCCGCACUGCUACUCUGCUUAUGGUGCCCUACCUGUCCUGGCUGUGCCUCGCCACCUCCCUCAACUACUGCAUAUGGAGAGACAACCCUGAGAAGAAGAAGGGAGAAUAGUAGGAGACCUCCCUAUGUAUCCUGAAAAAACAUUAAUUCUGAAUCAUUACUAAUUUGAACAUUUUUAAAUAAAUAAACGAAAAAUUUUUGAGUAAUUCCAGCACCAUUUUACUAUCUGGUUUAGUGUCACUGCCUUGGUUUUGGAGCCCAGCUGAUAACAGUGUCUUGUCAAAUCAGCAUCUGCACAUAUGAUGGCCGGUGUGCGGUUCUGCACUGCACCUGAGCUGGUGUUGUUUUGCUGUCAAGUUAAAAGUUCAACUGUAAACAACCUGCCCCUGAUAUACACUUAGCUGUUAGUUUAUUAGGUACACCUAGCAAAAAUGAAUGCAGUCUAAUCCAACAGUCCUCCAGUAAAUCCUCCCUGCGUGAAGGUAUCAUGUUCAGGUUUUGUUCAGACUGUUUCAGAGAGGUGUUGUGGUCAUGCUGGAGGCUGUAGCUGGUUCUGCUGUUGACCUGCAUUACAUUAUACAGAGGUGUCUCUGUUAUUCAGACUAGGCUCAUUGAUAUAGAUAAAACAGCUGUCAGCAUAAUGCAGUACAGUUCAAAGCCAUUAGUUUUAGCUUGUACCCAGUAAACUGCCAA